AGCAUUCCCAGUCUGCCUCAGGAGUAGGGGAUUGCAAGAGAAAAGUAAAGCCACACUCUGUGUGGAUUUGUUUCUUGGGCAUAUCUUGAGGUUCAACUGUUCUCGUUACGGAUUUCUGGACACUUCUUUGGAUAUAGUGCUUGUUUCUACAAUUAAAAAAGUCUCUUCCCACCUUGGAUAGAGAUCAUUGUGACACAAGUUGCCCUGGACAUAUCCAAUCCAAAUUGGGAAUUCCACAUACAAAAAGAGCGCAGCCACGCAAGUGGGGAAAAUCUUUCUACUCAUUGAUACCUUGAUAAAAACGAAAAGGAAGGACUUGAAGACUGGACGCUUCAGAGGACUUGUGGCCUUAAAUUAAUCCUCAUUUCCUAAUGAGGGGACUGUCCUUUAAGUGCACAGAUCCUAAAAAAGAGCAUGAGUGGUUCUUCAGUAUGUCUGUCAAUUAAUAUGGUAUUGGUCAGACAGCAAAACCACCUAAAUCUGCAGAGCUGAUCAAGAUUCAAACUACUGACACCGAAAGCCAACAUUUUUAACUCAUUUACACAUUAAGAGUGUGUGUUCAGAAUCAUGCCAAUGAAUAAAAUAGUUAAGGAUCAAACUGCAGCACCUCAGUUUGACCUCAGUGCAGUCUAUCAGAAGACAGUAGUCGUCAAGGCAGGAGAAAACUUAAAAGUUGAAAUCCCUGUGCUUGGCCAUCCAAGGCCCUCAGUCUUGUGGAAGAGAGGAGACAGAGAACUUCAGCAGAAAGAUGGAAUUAAUAUUGAAAACACAGCAGAUUUAACCAUCUUCAGUAAAAGAGACAUCAAGUGGGAAGACGGCGGAGAGUACACUAUGGUUGGAAAAAAUAACAUGGGAACAGUCACUGAGACGAUCACUGUAAAAGUACAUGAUGUUCCUGGACCCCCAACGGGACCGGUUAUGGUGAAUGACGUGUCCUGUGAUCGCAUUCUGAUUUCCUGGGAGCCCCCAGAAAUUGACGGUGGAGUUCCUGUUACUAACUACAUCGUUGAAAUGAGAGAAACUAUUGGGAAAUCAUGGGUGGAGCUGACAGCAACACUCGUCCGCACAGCAUACAAAGUUGUUCGACUGACAACAGGGACUGAAUAUCAAUUUCGUGUUAGAGCCCAGAACAGGUAUGGUAUUGGCCCCUGCAUAAAAUCCGAACCUGUGGUGGCAGCAUAUCCAUUUGAUGUCCCAGGAAAGCCAGGAACACCUCAGGUUGUUGCAUUUACAAAAGAUGUCAUGACCAUUACCUGGGAUGACCCCGCUUCAGAUGGUGGAAGCCCAGUUUUGGGUUAUCAUAUCGAACGGAAAGAGAAAAACAGCAUCCUGUGGCAAAAAGUCAGCAAAACCCUUGUGAUUGGAAACAGCUACAAAUCACCAGGCCUUAUACAUGGAAUAUCCUACGAGUUCCGUGUGAUCGCUGAGAAUGUAGCUGGCUGGAGCAAACCAAGCUCGCCGUCAGAGACAGCAUAUGCUGUUGACCCUGUAGAUCCUCCAAAACAGCCACAAGCUAUUAACAUUACCAGACAUGAAGUGACUCUGAGCUGGGACAAACCUGAAUUCGAUGGGGGUUUCCCAAUCACUGGUUACACAGUAGAGAAAAAAGAGUUACCUGAUGGCCGCUGGCUGAAAGCCAAUUUCGGUAAUAUUUUAGAUACAACAUUCACUGUCUCUGCGCUCACAGAGGACGCAUCAUAUGAAUUCCGUAUUCUGGCCAAAAAUUCCACUGGGACCGUCAGUAAGCCAUCUCAACCAUCUGAGGUCAUCACCUGUCGAGAGGACAUAGAAAAGCCUAAAAUUGAUGUUGACCUCGUUUUUAAACAUGGAAUUGUUGCGAAAGCAGGAGAAGCCUUCACUCUUGCUGCCACAGUCACCGGAAAACCCAUACCAUCCUUGGUCUGGACGAAAGAGGGAAAACAGCUUGAAUACACAUCAAAAAUGGAAAUCAAAGUCUCAGACCUCACCACAAAACUAAUUAAUAAAGACUCAGUGAGACGAGAUGGUGGCAUGUUUGUUCUCACAGCCAGUAAUGCUGGAGGUGUUGCAAGCCAAGCGUUCAAUGUUAAGGUUCUUGAUAGACCAGGACCUCCAGAUAGUGUCACAGUGUCUGAUGUGACAGCAGAGAAAUGUGCCGUGAAUUGGUUGCCACCUUCACAUGACGGCGGAGCCAAGAUAGAGCAUUAUGUAAUUGAGAAGCGUGAAACAAGCAGAAUUACAUGGACUAGUGUAGCAUCUGAUCUUGAGGUGAAUCGCUAUAAAGUCACUAAAAACAUGCGAAAAGGCAACGAGUAUAUUUUCAGAGUCAUGGCUGUUAAUAAAUAUGGAAUUGGAGAACCAACUGAAUCAGAGCCAACAGUUAUUACAGAUCCAUAUGUACCCUCUGAUCCUCCACAACAACCUGAAGUGACGACUAUUACUAGAGAUUCCAUGGUUGUAUGCUGGGGACACCCAAUAAGCAAUGGUGGGAGUGAAAUCUCCUCUUAUGUAGUUGAAAGAAGGGACAAGACUGGUGUUCGUUGGAUCAAAUGCAACAAGAGGAAUGUGACCGAUCUACGAUUCAAAGUCUCUGGGCUUACUGAGGGUCAUGAAUAUGAGUUCAGAGUUCUAGCAGAGAAUGCAGCAGGCUUAAGCUCGCCAAGUCCAGAAAGUGUUUUCUACAAGGCAUGCGACAAAGCAUUCCCACCUGGUCCAAUUGGCAAUCCAAAAGUGCUGGACACAACCAAGUCCUCUAUUACAGUCGCUUGGAGUAAACCUGUCUACGAUGGUGGCUCUGAAAUCACAGGAUACCAAGUGGAAACCUGCUUACCCAGGGCAGAGGAAUGGAAAAUUGUCUCUCCAAUUAAUGGAUUAACUGCAACGUCAUUCACAAUUACUGGCCUUAAGGAGCAUCAGGAAUACAAAAUUAACAUUUCAGCACUUAACAUUGAAGGGGUUGGUGAACCUACAGCAGUGCCAGGGAGACCAAAAGCUGAAGAGCUGUCAAUUGCUCCUGAAAUUGAGCUUGAUGCAGAGCUGAGAAAGAUUAUUUCUCUUCGUUCUUGUGCCACACUUAGACUAUGUGUUCCCAUUAGUGGAAGACCAACUCCUAAUGUCAAAUGGACAAGGGAGAAUGGUGAAACAAUUGGAAGGGCCAACAUUGAGACCACAGCGUCGUUUACAUCACUCCUGAUUGAUCGUGUUGACCGUUUUGACAGUGGGAGAUACAAUUUAACUGUAGAGAACAACUCUGGAGUCAAAACUGCAUUCAUAACCGUCAGAGUCCUUGACUCACCAGGUGCUCCUCAAAAUCUCACUGUUAAGGAGGUCACAAAAGAUUCCGCCUUUCUUACAUGGGACCCUCCCAUUAUUGAUGGAGGCUCUAAAACAAAACACUAUGUUGUGGAAAAACGUGAAUGUACAAGAAGAGCAUACUGUACAGUAGAUGACUCCUGCCCUAAAACAAGCUUGAGAAUUGGAGAUCUGACAGAGGGAUGUAGCUACUUCUUCAGAGUAAUGGCAGAAAAUGAAUUUGGUGUUGGCAUACCAGCGGAAACUGCUGAUUCUGUCAAAGUCUCUGAAACAGCACUUCCACCAGGUAAAGUCACUGUGAAGGAAGUCACAAACAGAGGUGUUACCUUAACGUGGGAGAAACCUGAUCAUGAUGGAGGCAGCCGUGUAACAGGAUACAUUGUUGAGAUGCAAGAGAAAGGCAGUCGAGAAUGGGCUGAGUGCUCAACUGUUAGAGGUACAGAAGCUGUUAUAUCUGGACUAACACAAGGGAAGGAGUACAGUUUCCGAAUUUCAGCAGUCAAUGAGAAAGGCACGAGUGACCCUCGCCUAUUAGGUGUCCCUGUAGUACCUAAAGACUCUGCCAUCCCACCAACAUUCAAGCUUUUGAUCAGCACAUUCAGUGCUUUAGCUGGCAAUGACCUUAAAAUUGACGUGCCAUAUUCAGCUGAACCACAGGCCUCUGUCACCUGGCUCAAAGACGGUGUUGCCCUGAAACAAACCACAAGAGUCAAUACAGAAGUCACUGACAGGCAUUUGUAUCUUGUAAUCAGGGAGGCCACAAGGGAUGAUGUUGGUAGUUACACUAUUAAACUUACAAACAGAGCCGGUGAGGCCUCAGAAGAUAUUUCUGUUGUUGUUCUGGACAAACCUGGUCCACCAAUUGGUCCCAUAAUCUUUGACGAAGUCACAGCAGACAGCGUUACACUGACGUGGCAACCUCCAGAGUAUGACGGCGGCUGCACUAUCAAUAACUACAUUGUUGAAAAGAGAGACACCUCAACAACAGACUGGCAGAAUGUAUCUGCAACUGUAGCAAGAACUACGAUUAAAGCAGCAAGGCUUAAGACUGACUGUGAGUAUCAAUUCCGAAUUGCUGCAGAAAACCGGUAUGGACAAAGUUCAGCACUGGUGUCUGAAGCAAUAGUUGCCCAGUAUCCAUUUGAUCUUCCAGGUGCCCCUAGUACUCCUACUAUACAGUAUGCAACGAAAGAGAGCAUGCUUGUUGAAUGGAAUGAACCAAUCAGUGAUGGCGGAAGCAAGAUUCUUGGAUAUCAUCUUGAAAGUAAAGAGAGAAAUAGCAUACUUUGGGUGAAACAAAACAAAUUCAUAAUUCCUGAAACAAAGUUCAAAGUCUCUGGCCUUGAUGAAGGCAUAGAAUAUGAAUUCAGGGUGUUUUGUGAAAAUAUCGUUGGUCUCAGCAAAGCCAGCAAAGUUUCAGAAUCAUACCUUGCCAGAGAUCCCUGUGACCCUCCAGGCAAGCCAGAGGCAAUUAUUGUUACUGGAAGUGCUGUUUCCCUCAGAUGGGCCAAACCUGCAUAUAAUGGUGGUAGCAAAAUCACUGGCUAUUUGCUUGAAAAGAGGGAAUUACCAGAUGGCCGCUGGAUGAGAGUCAAUUUUACCAACAUCAUGGAAACUGAAUUUGAGGUCACAGGCCUAGACAGAGAGCAAAAAUAUGAGUUCCGUGUCACUGCAAAAAAUGCAGCUGGAGUAUUCAGUCUGCCAUCAGAAAGCACUGGAAAAAUCACGGCUAAGGAUGAAGUUGACCCACCUUCUAUAGGCAUUGACUCCAAAUACACUGGGUGUCUAAUGAUAAAUGCUGGUGAAUCUUUCAGGAUUGAUGCAGAUAUUCAAGGCAAACCCGUGCCCACGGCCUGCUGGCUUAAGGGUGGUCAAGAGUUGACAAACUCAGCACGUCUCGAGAUUAAAAACACUCAGUUAUCAGCUUCCCUGAAUGUCAGGGAAGCCAUCCGUGUUGAUGGAGGCCAAUACACCCUUCUAGUGCAAAAUACUGGUGGAGAGAAAUCUGUAAAUAUCAAUGUUAAGGUUCUAGAUAGACCAGGCCCACCGGAGGGUCCAAUAAAAAUAUACGGAGUAACAAAUGAAAAAUGUAGCAUUUCUUGGAAACCACCAAAGGAAGAUGGAGGUGCUGACAUAUCCCACUACGUCAUUGAGCGAAGAGAAACAAGCAGAUUAGUGUGGACUAGAGUGGAAUCUGAAGCAAAAGCUCUCACUCAGAAGAUCACAAAACUUUUCCCUGGAAAUGAGUACAUAUUCAGAGUGAUUCCUGUAAACAAGUAUGGAGUUGGUGAGGCACUUGAAUCCAAUCCAGUAAUUGCUGCUAAUCCGUUUGUCGAACCAGGUGCACCAACAACUGUUGAAGUGUCGAAUGUCUCUAAGGAUUCUAUGGUUGUCACUUGGGAAAGACCAUCUGAUGAUGGGGGCAGCAGCAUAACCGGGUAUAUUGUUGAAAAGCGAGACAAGGAUGGAGUACGUUGGACAAGAUGCAACAAGCAUGCUGUCAGUGAACUUCGCUUGAGAGUUACAGGGCUGAUUGAGGGCCAUAGCUAUGAAUUCAGAGUGUCAGCUGAAAAUGAAGCUGGUGUAGGAGAACCUAGCAUCGAAACCAUCUAUGAGAGGGCACUUGAUCCCACAUUCAAACCAGGCCCACCUAAUAAUCCAAAAGUAACCGAUGUUUCAAGAUCAUCUGUAGCCCUAUCAUGGGGCAAACCUAUAUAUGAUGGGGGUUGUGAGAUUCAAGCAUAUGUUGUGGAGAUGCGUGAAACCACUGAUGAUGAAUGGAUUAUGUGUACUCCACCUACAGGAAUAACAGAGACAAGUUUCAAAGUGUGCAAGCUUCUUGAAAACCACAAAUAUAAAUUCAGAAUAUUUGCCAAAAAUAAAAUGGGAGUUGGUGAACAUGCCAAUCUACCUGGCUCUGUCCUUCUUGAGGAAAAACUGGAGGCACCAGAUCUUGAUCUCAAUGCUGAACAAAGAAAAAUAAUAAGUAUCAAAGCUGGAAGCACCCUGAAGUUAUCAAUUCCAAUCAGAGGACGGCCUGCCCCUGAGGUCAGGUGGGGAAAAUCUGAAGGUGACAUUAAAGACACAGCUUCAAUCAACACAACAAGCAGCUACACUUCACUUAUGAUUGAAAGUGUUGAUAGAUUUGACACUGGCAAAUAUACUGUGACUGCAAUAAAUGCAGGUGGAGUGAAAUCUGCCUUCAUCAGUGUGAGAGUGCUUGACACUCCUAGUGAACCACAGAAUUUCACAGUGAAAGACAUCACUAAAGAUUCCAUUACUCUUACUUGGGAGCCACCCGCUUUAGAUAGUGGACUAGCAAUUAAGCAUUACAUUGUAGAGAAGAGGGAGAGUAUAAGAAAGGCUUACUCUACAGUUGCUACUUGCAAUAAGAUGUUAUGGAAGAUAGAAGAGCUCCAAGAAGGUUGCAACUAUUUUUUCAGAGUUCUGGCAGAAAAUGAGUAUGGUAUUGGAUUACCGGCGGAAAGUCCUGAGCCUAUCAAAAUUGCGGAAGUCCCACAACCACCUGGGCGAAUGACUGUUGUCGACGUUACUAAAAACACAAUUAAACUUGCUUGGGAGAAACCUGAUGAUGAUGGAGGUACCAGAAUAAGUCACUAUGAAGUUGAGAUGCAAGUAGAAGACAAAUGGUUGCAGUGUGCACAAGUAAAGACACUGGAAACUGUUAUUGCUAAUUUGGCUCAGGGUCAAGAAUACACAUUUAGAGUCUUUGCCGUCAAUGAUAAAGGCAAAAGUGACCCCAAAAACCUUGGCAGUUUUGUUCAACUGAAGGACCAGAUUGUUCUGCCUGCUGUCAAUCCAAGAUUCAGCAGUUACAGUGUAGCGGUUGGAUCUAAUUUACAAAUAGAAGUUCCAAUAGCUGGACAGCCAAAACCAACAAUCACAUGGACUAAAGAUGGGGCCCGUCUGAGACAGACAACAAGGUUAAAUGUCAUACACACCGAAGAUCACACUAUUUUGACCCUUACAGAGGCUACAAGGGAUGAUGGUGGCACAUAUAACAUAUCAGUGGCCAACAGUUUGGGACGGACUGACGCCAACAUUGAAGUCAUUACACUUGACAAACCUGGCCCACCAACAGGGCCAGUGAGGCUUGAUGAUAUUAGCCCUGAAAGUGUUACCCUCUCUUGGGACCCACCCAGAUAUAUUGGAGGUUGCCAAAUUUCUAAUUACAUUGUUGAGAAGAAAGACACAACAACCACCAACUGGAUUACAGUGUCUGCCACAGUCGCAAGAACAACUCUGAAGAUACCAAGUUUGAGAACUGGUACUGAGUAUCAAUUCAGAGUCUUUGCUGAAAACAGAUAUGGAAGAAGUACUGCUCUUGAUUCUGAACCAGUGGUUGCCCAGUAUCCAUUCAAAGAGCCUGGAUACCCAAGUACACCUUAUGUGACUGCAUAUACAAAAGAAUCUAUGGUAGUGGAAUGGAAUGAACCGGUCUCAGACGGUGGCAGCCCUGUUCUUGGCUAUCACCUUGAGAGGAAGGAGAAAAACAGUAUUCUCUGGACAAAGAUAAACAAAUCCCUCAUCCGUGACACUAGAUUCAAAACAACCCAGCUGGAAGAGGGCAUUGAAUACGAGUUCAGAGUCUCUGCAGAGAACAUUGUUGGCAUUGGUAAAUGCAGCAAAGUCUCUGAGGGCUGUGUGGCACGAGACCCUUGCAACCCACCCGGUAAACCUGUGGCUCUCAUUGUCACCAGACACUCGGUCACAUUGCGCUGGACUUCUCCAGAAUACAAUGGCAACAGUGUGGUCACAGGGUAUGUUGUAGAGAAAAGAGAACUUCCAGAUGGCCGCUGGAUGAAGGCAAAUUUCACAAACAUCACAGACAACGAAUUUUCUGUUGAAGGGCUCGAGGAAGGUGUGGCAUAUGACUUUAAAGUUAUCGCGAGGAAUGCAGCUGGUGCUAUCAGUAAACCAUCUGAGACGACAGGGCCUAUUACAGCAAAGAUUGACGUUGAACCACCAACAUGUGAAAUUGAUCCCAAAUUCAGCCAGAUCUUAGUCUUAAAGGCAGGCGAAUCCUUUAGACUUGAGGCUACAGUGCAAGGUAAGCCAGUGCCCAAUAUUCAGUGGUUCAAGGGGGAUGUAGAAAUUGAAAUGUCACACAAAUAUGAGCUAAAGAAAACAGACUUUAAAGUUGUGCUCAUUGUUAGGGAUGCAGUGAGAAUAGAUAGUGGGCAAUACACUUUGCACCUUACAAAUGUAGGCGGAACCAAAACCGCUUCCUACAAUGUUAAAGUUCUUGACAGACCCGGACCCCCUAAAGGACCACUACUUGUUACUGGCGUGACAUGUGAAAAAUGUGCACUGUCUUGGCUACCUCCUGAGCAAGAUGGUGGCAGCCGUGUGUCUCACUAUGCGAUCCAAAAGAGAGAAACAAGCCAUCUUUCAUGGACUAUAGUUGCCAAUGAGUGUGAAACAACUGUAUUCAAAGUGACUAAGCUCGUUAAAGGAAAUGAAUACAUUUUCCGUGUAAUGGCUGUCAAUGUGCAUGGCACUGGAGAACCUCUGGAGUCUCUACCAGUAGCCAUAAAAGACCCAUAUGUCGCUCCUGAUCCACCUAAGGAAAUAGAAAUCACCAACAUCUCAAGUGAUUCCAUGACCUUAUGCUGGAGCCGAUCAGAGAAUGACGGUGGCAGUGAAAUCACUGGGUACUUUGUAGAGAAGAGGGACAAAGCAGGAGUCAGAUGGACAAGAUGCAAUAAACAUGAUAUAACAGAGCUACGUUUCCGAGUGACAGGACUUACAGAAGACCAUGAAUAUGAGUUUAGGGUUUCAGCAGAAAAUGCAGCCGGACCUGGAGAACCAAGCCCUCCAACUGCUUUUUUCAAAGCCUGUGACCCCACAUUUAAACCUGGCCCGCCCAUUCACGCUCAUGUUCUUGACACCACCAACAAUUCCAUCACAUUGGCAUGGGGUAGACCAAUAUAUGAUGGUGGAUGUGAAAUUCAGGGAUAUAAAGUGGAAAUUACCAAAGUGCAUGAAGAGGAAUGGAGCACCUGCUCACCACUAGGUGGACUGGAUGCCACAGUAUGUACUAUUCCCAACCUCAAAGAACACCAAGAAUAUCACAUUCGGGUUCGUGCCAUCAACAAAGAAGGUGCUGGGGAACCAGUUGUGCUACCUGGACCAAUUAAGGCUGUAGAUUACAUGCUCGCUCCAGAAAUAGAGCUUGACCCAGCUCUGAGAAAGGGUGUUGUUGUUCGUGCCGGCGGAUAUCUGAAACUUUGGAUACCCUUCAAAGGAGUCCCUAUCCCAGAAGUCGACUGGGCCAAAGAUAAUGGAGACCUUCCUAAAAAAGCUCAUGUUGAGAAUGGCUCUGAUUACACAGUGUUAUCAAUUGACAGCUGUGACAGAGAAGAUUCCGGGAAAUACACACUAGAGUUGAUAAACAGCAGUGGAAUCAGGACGGCAUUUGUGCAUGUCAAAGUGCUUGACACUCCCGGACCCCCACUAAACCUGACAGUGAAGGACAUAGCAAAGAAUUCUGUAACAUUGUCUUGGGAGCCCCCAGCUGUUGACGGCGGUGCAAGUAUAAAGCGCUAUAUUGUGGACAAGCGUGAAUCAACCAGACAGUCAUAUACCAAUGUUACCAAUGAGUGCACCAGUUCCUCUAUACGCAUCAGAGAUCUUGACGAAGGUGUCUUUUAUUAUUUCAGAGUAAUGGCUGAGAAUGAAUUUGGAGUUGGCGUGGCUGCAGAAACAGAAGAGCCCAUCAAGACUGCAGAGGUCCCUUUGUCUGUGGGCAAGGUCUCCUUAAUUGAUGUUAUGAUGAAUUCAGUCUUACUGUCAUGGGAAAAACCAGACUGUGAUGGUGGAAGCAGGAUCCAGGGAUACUACAUUGAAUGGCAAUGUGACGGGUCAGAAGAAUGGAUUAUGGCAGCCACCACUAAGUGUUGUGAUGGCGCAGUUUCUGACCUCAGUGCUGGUGAAUACCAAUUCAGAGUUUCAGCUUUCAAUGACAAAGGAACAAGUGAGCCAAGACUUCUGGCUGCCACUGUAGUUAUAAGUGACUCUGGGGCCUGUGGAGUCUGUGAUUGCAAGCAAAUGAUUUAAGAUUUCUGAUACUAAUUCAACCGUUGAUCAUGUGUUGCGUGCCUUGUCAAAUGUGUUUCUGCUAAGCUGAUAGUCACUGUACCCUUGCACCAGAACACAUGGCACGCUAGGCCUCCAUUUAAAUAUACAACACAGACAUUCAGAAUGUCUUCUGAGAACACAGAGUCAUGGUAUCAAAAUCAGCCUCAGCGUCAACAAUAGCUGGUGGUGAUGGAACACCCAAGCGAUCAUUUUCAGAAUAUUGAAAAUCAUCCUGAGAACCAAAAUAGUCUCAGAUGUUCACAAACAGCAACUCAUCACACUGUCCACAUCCUCAGCAUUGAAAGAAUAAGACAAUAAUGGAUGUCAUAUAAUUCCAGGACCAUUAUGAAUUCCACAGUAAAAUACACUGGAGACAACCAAAAUAAUACAGAAACAGGAUUCAAUGAUUCAUUCAGAAACAGGACUGAAUGGCAGCAGCAAGUCUGUAUGCAACAGCACCCACAAUCCAUUUGCAUCUGUGAUGGCAAAAUCGAUUAUGGACGAGACAACAAUACACAACCAGUUGGGGGGGGAUUAUGGUGAUUACUAUUCAUACUUUGUCUGGUCAGGAUCACUCUUUGUCAUUCUAGUUAAAAGAAAGACUGCCUAUGCAAAGUAUCAAUGUUUCUCAACUAAUACAGCCUUUUGUGCACUAUGGCAUGGCUGUCCUUGUACACAAACUCACUAAUAUGUGGGCUUAGAUCGAAUUUGCACUAUGACUGAGGGUCACAUGAGCUCAAAAUAUUAUUUUUUAUAUAUAUCUAUAUUAACUACUCUUGUUUGUCAUAGGACUUCCUGGAAGCUUAAAACAGACCUGUAAUUCCCAUGCAAACCAAGAAGAUUAGAAAAAAUAGGAUUAUUAACAGUAAAUGUGUUUUUACUCUCGCAAUAUACUGUAAAUGCAGUGUAAUGAUGGGUCUAUUUUUAACUUUGUGUGUUGUGAAUAAUGCCUGACAGAACAAUGUAAGGUUUAUACAUUCAGCUGAAAGUAAUACUGUAUCUGCCCUACUGAUGCAGCCAAAUGUUGCAGCUAUUGUCUCAUUGUCUUCAUAUAAUUUUAAAGACAGAGCACAGCAGCCCUUUAACCGCCCAGCAAUGACAUAUUCCCCAUGUUUUAUUUAAUUUAUAGCCUUUAUAGGUCAGUGUUUGUGUAUUGAUUUAUUUUGUCUUUUACUAAUUUUUCCUUCCAAUAAAUUGUUAUAUUCUGAUCCA